CUCUGGUACCUGGUCUCAGCAGCAGCUCGUGCGGUCUUGGAUUAAAGGAGGACGGAUGGUCGCGCGGACUGGCUGCGCGCUCUGAAGUUGGACAGACUGACCGGAGAGACACCGACACCGAGCAGCAGAGAACCAGAACCAGCUUUUGUUCCCCCCCCACCUCCUCCUCCUCCUCCUCCUCCCCGUGCAGGCACCGGGAGGCUGUGCCCGCGCGCACCCCGACCAUGAAGCUGCCUUGUCUGCUCGCGCUCACGGUGCUGCUCGCUCACACCGCCACGGGACAGAACUGGUCGCCGUCUAUCGAUGACGAAGGCUCGACGAGAGACGAGUUCUACGACGAUGAGGACCUCUACUCGGGCUCCGGCUCUGGCUUUCCUGGGAUCAGUAUGAGGCCGACAUCGGCGGGUGUGUCCUUCACUACAGAAGAGCCCCUCCUCCUCUCCACCACGCAGGCUACAGGCCCCGCCCCUUCCGCCUCACCCGCAGCUGAGCCGAGCCCCAUCCCAGAGGACCCCAUCGCCACCCCGAUGCCCACCGAGGCCGACGGAGAGAGUGGUGUAUUCUGGGAAAGAGAGAAGGAGCUGGAGAAGGAGAGAGAGAGAGAGCAGGAGAGGGAGAGAGAGAGAGAGUUGGAGAAGGAGAGAGAGAGAGAGUUGGAGGGGGAGAGAGAGAGAGAGCUGGAGAGGGAGAGAGAGAGAGAGAGAGAGCUGGAGAGGGAGAGAGAGAAAGAGCAAGAGAGGCAGAGGGAGCUGGAGAGGGAUAGAGAGAGGGAGAAACAGUUGGAGAGGGAGAGAGAGAGGGAAAGAGAGAGGGAGCGGGUCAGAGAGUUGGAGAGAGAGAAGGAGAAGGAGAGAGAGCGAGAGCGGGAGAGGGAACGUGAGAGAGAGCGAGAGAAGGAGAGAGAGAGGCAGAGGGAGCGUGAGCUUGAAAGAGAGAGAGAGCUGGAACGAAUCAGGGCCGCCGCCCAGACCACCGCCGCCCCAAGAUCCCCUGCAGCCGUACCCGUGGUGACCACCAACCCGGCAACCAGCCCUGCAGAAAGUGCAUCGCCCUCUUACGACCCCGACGUGAGCACCACAGAAGAAGAACAGGACGUCUACCUGUCACCUGAACCCUCAGCCUUUUUCCCAGGCUUUAACAUGGAGACCACCACAGAAGAAGACGUGUCCACCACAGCAGAGACCACGACAGCUGCACCCGCCACCACCGCCGCCGCCGCCACCACUGUCAAGACCAGGUUCCCCUUCAGGCCCAGGGUUCCCAUGACGACAGCCACUCAGGCGGUGCCAACGGAGAGAACGAGCCGUCCGCAGCAGCCCACAACCACACAGGACGGUAACAACGAGGCGGGUGUUGCAGGACCGAGUGGAGAUUUCGAGAUCCGCGAUGAUCGUCGUAACGAUCUUGGUCGAGGUAUAAUGCCAGUGGAUCCUGAUCUGAUCGGCAACACGGUGGACGCAGGAAGCUCCGCCGCCCAGCUGCCACAGAAGAACAUCCUGGAGAGAAAGGAGGUCUUGAUAGCCGUGAUAGUGGGAGGAGUAGUGGGCGCCUUGUUUGCGGCCUUCCUAGUGAUGCUGCUGGUGUACAGGAUGAAGAAGAAGGACGAGGGAAGCUACACGCUGGAGGAACCCAAACAGGCCACCGUCACCUACCAGAAACCAGACAAGCAGGAGGAGUUCUAUGCAUAACACUCGUAUGCCAGAGAGACGCACCGCACGCCGAGGGAGAGAGAAACAGCGAGAGAGAGAGAAGAGAGAAAGAUACUCUAAGCCCCCGUACUCCUUGCCCCCUCCUCCUCCUCCUCCUCCUCCUCCUCUUCUUCGUCGCCUCCCCCUCGUCUACUCGCCUCUCCUCAUCCCUCUCUCCUCUCGUCUCCAAAACACUUGAGAGCGCCUCUCUCUCUGCGGACUUGGAACUUUCUUUUCAAUGAAAAACGAAAAAAGAGGAAAAAAAAUAAAUAAUCCAAAUAUAUUCUGAAAAAAUAACACAUACACAUGAGAUGUUUUUAAAGUAAAUGUUGUUAUUAAUAUUCUACAGAUUCUCUUGUUGUGUAUGUAAUGAUAUGAUUAUUUUGUAAGAAAAACAACACAAAACACAAGCUCUUAUCCUGUGUUUUCCAGCACAAAAAAGGUUCCUCCUCUGUUUUUUUUUAUUUUAUGGAGCGAUUGAAAAGGCUAAAGCGAAAAAGGGAGAGGAGAGGGGCGAGACGAGCAGAGCGGGACACAAAAGAAAGAGAGAGCGAUGGGCUCGACUCUGCCCCUCACCUCCCAAAACACACAGAGCGUCUGGUUGGCCGCACAGAGCCCAGGGUCAAAGGUGAGAGGAAAGGUCUCUUUUGUGCCUUCCAUCCCUCCGGUGCUCAAAGACACAUACGCACAUCCAUACAGCCACAUAAACACACGCUAACACACAUGCACAUGCACACAAACACACACUUGUAUCUGCUUGAAGGUGGCUCAGACUCUCUCUCUGUGUUCGGCCAACCAGAAAACAGAGCUCAACCCUCGGUGUGUUUCACAACGUCAAGGAGCCGCUGUGGGAACAUUGGCUGGUCAGAGGUUUGCUUACGCGGCCAAUCUGCUCUUUCUAAGCUGUACAAAGACUAGUUACGGAUAGUAAUAAUAACCAAUAAUAUAUCAAUGUUUUGGGCUGGAUGGUGAAUAAUAAUAAUAAUACCGUUAUAAUAAUAAUAAUGAUAAUAAUACUUAAACAGGAGGAUGUGUAUUUAGCAGUUUAAAAAAAAAAGUUUAUAUGUAAAUAUCAGCAUAUCCUUUCUGGCAUCACUAAUCAUCUGCAUGAUCAUGAAGAGUUUUUAUUCAUCACAUCCAUCAUCACUUUAGAUGAGCUGUGCUCUCGUCAGCCACGCACACACACACACACACACACACACACACACACACACACACACACACACACACACACACACACACACACACACAUACAUACAAAUACACUCAAACAAGUGCAGAUAUAUUACUUGCUGUGCAUUUAGAUACACCACACACGUCUUUUAGUACUACUGUUAAUUAUAUCAUUCAAACACAUAUCAAACCCAUUAUCAUCAUCAUCGUCAUUGUGAUAGUCAUCACUUGUGAUACGAGCGAGAUCAGGUGGUUUCAAUAUGUUAUUGAUUAGUUAUCGAUCAGUUGUCGGUUGGUUUAGAGUUUGGUCUGUUUGUGUAAAAGCACAACUACGUGUCCAGUCAUCACGUCAUCCGAUACCCCCCCAACCCCACCCCACCGCACCUUUAGCAUGCCUCACUUUCUUUUCCUUCCACCAUUGGCUCUCUGUUUGGGGAUGGGAGGGGCCUCUGGGAAGCGAGAGGGGCUUUAAUGGAAAACCAGGAAGUGUGAAUCCGUGCAGGAAGUUGCACCCAGAUGCGCUAAUUCAGUCAAAAUCUUAUCUGAAUUAGUAUUAAUGGGGUCAACUUUUACCUGCCGUUGGGCUCUUUUUGGGGAGGGGGACGGGUUUUAGUUUGGGAAGGGGAAUGUCAGGAGGAGGGCUGUGCUUCUAUCUAAGAGAUUGUAACAAUAACCACACCAGUGCGACUGGGCUAGUAGCUUCUAUUAUACUCAGUACUGUAGAACAAACAUGCAUGGGAGUCAAAACUAUACUAGUCUGGGUGUGUGUGUGUGUGUGUGUGUGUGUGUGUGUGUGUGUGUGUGUGUGUGGAUGCCUGUGUGUGCUUCUGUGUGUUUGGAAGAAAAGAGGGGUGAGUUAAAGUUGGAAUGUACUGUGGUUGAGUGUGUGUUUACCUUCUCCAGCAGUUCUCACGCUCUUCCACAGACAGGUAACACACCUCCUCCACUCCUGUGUGUGUGUGUGUGUGUGUCGCCUGCCCCCUUGCCAGUGUGAGAAUAUACGUGUGUGUGUGUGUGUAUACACCCCGUCUAAACACGCCACCUGUGUGUAUGUGUGUGUAUGCCUGAGUGCUUCACCUUGGUAUUUCACAGCAGACUCUUGUGUACACUGACUGGCCUGUCGACGUGCGUGUGUGUGUCUCAGAGUGUUUCGUCUGCUCACUGCUGAAUGAGGGGCAGCUGGUCCCUCUCGGUAGCUUUCACACACACUGACUGUGUCUUUUCACUGUCCGUCUGUCUGCCUGUCUGUCUCUCUGCCGCGGGACAAACGGGCAGAAGACACGCCACUUUCUCACAGGCAGGAAUGAUCUUAACACGUCUUUUUUAAAGUGACUGUCUAAGUGUAAACAUGUGUGUUUGUACCCAUCUAAGCCUGCGUAGCCAAAUAAGACGUGUGUGUGUGUGUGUGUGUGUGUGUGUGUGUGUGUGUGUGUGUGUGUGUGUGUGUGUGUGUGUGUGUGUGUGUGUGUGUGUGUGUGUGUGUGUGUGUGUGUGUGUGUGUGUGUGUGUGUGUGUGUGUGUGUGUGUGAGUGAGAGAGUGAGGGUGACUUUGUACGUGUGUGAGUGUAGGUAUGCAUGCGUGAUAGUGUGUGUGUGUGUGUGUGUGUGUGUGUGUGUGAAGCCUAACGGAGGCUACACUACUCUAUGUUUGCUGUUCCCAUUCCUGUUUUUAUACAUUUGCAUUUUUUUAAGGCUGAGUUUCUGUCAUUGGCUGAGUGAGCGAGAGGAGGCGGAUCCUCCACGCCACCGCCCUGUCACUAAUCUGCCACUCUGUUCCAAAUAAAAA